CCGUGAUGCUAGUCUACUGGUGUAAACAGGGGUACGCUUCAUUAGGCUUCUCGAUAUUGGCCGGAAAUUAACCGUGUUGAUGAAACGUUUUGGACGUUUGGUUCCAUACUGAAUUCGAAAGCAAAAUUGGGAUUCAGCAGCAAAGAAAAGGUUGGAGAAGUUUUACGUCUACGGCGAAUAGAAGAAGAGGACGCAUCGGAUUCUGCAACAGCAAAGGACUGUUAUUUACUUCAGUGUCCAUUUCAGGAUGUUAUUAACUUCCUUCAUCAGAGUGUCUUCUUCUCUCCCCGUGUUCUAGAAUAAGGAAGGACGCAUUGUUAAUGUGAAUGCCUGUCUCUACGGUAGAGAGAGAUUAAACCCAAGGAGGAAGAAACGGUGAAGCUUUUAUUGCGCUCCGCCUUUCCCGCGUGCUGAACUGAACCAUGCAGCAUCCCUUGGACUUGGGGGCUCACUAUUAUCCCCCGGAGGUUCACCCCGACCACCGCUCCCACUCACACCGCUACCGAAGCUUUAUGAUCGAAGAGAUUCUCACCGACCACCCGGACCAUAAGGUGUCUACCCCGGCAGGGGAGCUGCUCAAGUUCGGAGUACAAGCUCUGCUCUCGGCGCGGCCAUACCACAAUCACCUGGUUUUGAAGGCAGACCAAUCGGGUAUCCUGAAGUUCCCGAUGUCGCCACUCUCCUGCUCACUGGGAUCACCGUUAGGCUCCGCUCUCCUAUCCGGGGCUCCGGGGCUCCACGGCGGCUCAGCUUCCCACCACCUCCCGUUGGACCUCCACCUCCGGAGCAAGCUGGAGCACGGCGGAGACGGCAACAGCAAGACCAAGAAAGGCCGCCGGAGCAGGACGGUCUUCACUGAGCUGCAGCUAAUGGGCUUGGAGAAAAGAUUUGAGAAACAGAAGUACCUUUCAACACCAGACAGAAUAGAUCUGGCUGAGUCUCUGGAUCUGAGUCAACUACAAGUCAAGACCUGGUACCAGAACAGACGAAUGAAAUGGAAGAAAAUAGUCCUACAAGGAGGAGGAUUGGAAUCUCCAACCAAACCAAAAGGCCGUCCUAAGAAGAAUUCCAUCCCGUCGAGCGAGCAGCUUUCGGAGCAGGAGAGGUCUGGAGACGUCGACCGUCAAUCGGACGGUUCCACCUCGUCACAUUCAGACACUAACCAAGAGGAAUAAUAAUGUUGGUGCUCCGACUAACUGACAACUCUCCGAAGACGUUCACCAGACGUUCAUACAGCCUCUGGGAUGCGUAAUGGUGGUCGACGGUUGAAUCGAAGUGCCUUGCCCUUGACUUCGAUAUUUUUGGCACUUAUAUAGAGAGACUGAUGUUGGCCUCCCGUAGGAGAGGCGGAACUCUAUUUUUAUUACUAGUAUCGUCCUCCAGACACUUCCUCCUUGGGACGAGGUUACUUUUUGUAUGCUAUUGUCACAUCUUCUUUCGUAAAUCAAUGUGUUGUCAAUACCUAUGCUUCCAUUCGCGUCACGCCGAACUAACCGUUACGGAGCGGUUG